AAAAUCAGAGAGGCUAAAUUAACAACCAUUUAAAAAGAUUUUUAUUACAUAUAAUGACCCAUUUGGAUCUACACACUCUUCUCUAAAAUCCACUGCAUGAGACUCGCUCUCUCCCCCGUCUGUCGGCAGAGAGUUGAAGCUGCUGCUGCUCUAAUCCAGCAGCACUCCCACUUAAUGUGGCAGCAGCGGAGACAAGGACACACCGAUCUCUGGUCCACUCCUGAGAUUGAAAAGCGACACGGCAGCACCCAGCGUCAGAGCUCUUGAUACAGUGACAGUGGAAUAGAUCUAAGAUGACUGAAUAGCAGGACCACAGGACGGUCUACCCGAACCAACACCUGAGGCACCACAGAUUGGUAUGGUCAACACGUGCUCGCUGUGUUUUUCUGACUUUGAUAUCUGAGGAAAUACUUCACUCAUAUCAACUUGGCUCUCCAAGCAGACCGACAGCCUUGCAUCAUGGGGGUUGCGGUCUAUAAUAUCUCUGCCACCUCAGCCAGAGUGAGCUGGCCGUCGUCCCCCAGCUGCCUGGACACCUUCUACAGCGUCAUGUACGACCCAAACUGGAACAGCCUGCUCAUGGGCUACAAGCGCAAGAGCUUCAUGCACGAGGAACGCAUCCCCGUCAGUCAGACCAGCACGCACCUGGCAAACCUCCUCCCCCAGACCGCCUACUUCCUGUGUGUGACGUGUCAGGCGGCCAAUCCGGUGCGGGACCAGUGCCAGGUGUUCAGCACUCCGAGUGACAGCAGCGAAGGUCACGACAGGGCCGGUUGGGAGCUCGCCAUGGGCGUCUGGCUGACCUGCUGCAUCUUGCUCCUGGUCAUCGCUGGCGUCCUGUUGUGGGGAUGUCUCCACACCAUCUGCUCCCUCCCCGGUCAGGCCGCAGACAGCUGCCAUGUCAUGACCAACUCAUCCCGCCAAGAUAUGUCCGGAUCCGGACGCCUCUACACUCCCAGACGCACCAGCGAGGACAGCGGCAAACGCGGCAGCAUCAUGCAACCCUCCCUUCUCUCGACGCAGAGUGCUGGCCACAUAAUUACCCAGGACCACGAGCUGAGGACAUUCGCUAAGCUGUCUGGCACCGAGCCAGCAUGAAUCAACUGGAUUGAGGUCAUCAUAGCAUUGUUUUGCUUGGCCUGAACUGCCCCUGAGGGGGUUUUUAUCCACAGAUAAAAAUCUACAGAACCGAGGGGAGUGUCAUGGAGAAAAAUAAACUAAUCUGUGCUCUUGAAUUACUAAUUCGCGUGCACGCAUUACUGAAUUCCUGCUCUUGAAACAUUUUUAUUACGCUCACACACACUGUAUCAUCUGUUCCUCCACAGUCGGCCAAACUGCAACCAAAACACUGAGCGCUCCAUUUACAUGUAUUAAUUCAUUGUGCAUAAAACCAGUUUGAGUCUGACAACUAACAAGGCAACAUCAUCAUCAUCAGUUCUAAAUCAUAUUAAGUUUUAUUAUUUGGAAUCAGGGAGUGGGGCAAAAUAUUUUAGCCCCUCAGAAGCCUCAGCUGUUGGCUGCACCCUGGUGUUAAUUAAUGCACGGGAGAGCCUCGUGUGCAGGAGGCAGGGUUGGGCAUAUUUACCAAAAAAAUAUACGAUGGAAUUGUGCCUGAUCGUCAGCAACAGACACUGAUGCAUCACUGUGCUUAAAAUAGCUUAUAGGUCAAUAGAGUAAGAGCGCAGGCUGUACACAGCUUUCUGUCUCCGUCUCUUCUGCACGUCAACGAGCACUGAACUCCGAUUCUGUGACAGUUUUAAUGUGUUUUGAUAUUUAACUGUAAGCUCUGAUAAAAACAUCUCCAACAGGACUGGACGUCUGACUCGGCAUCAUGUUUUACUCAGUCUCACAUUGCCAGACUUACAGUAUCUCCACACUUUAUCCUUAAAAUGCCGGGCUGAACCCAUCAAAAUUCUGCGAUAAGGGAGAAAAAUGCUCUGGGUUGUUUGUAUGUUCUUUAAACCAGCAGUUCCCAACUGGUCCAGCCACAGGGUCCAGGUUUCUUCUUAGUCAUUAGUUCAAAGUCCACACAGUUUAAUACACUCAACGUCACACUUGCAUUUGGCCACGUCAUAGAGCUCGUUUGCUGUUUCUGUCAAGUAGCCACCCACUAGCUUCUCACUCUACAGCAAGAAACAGUGCUUCAAAAUAAAAGCUCUGUGCUGGAAAUUUAACCGCACUUAAAAAUAAAGUGUGUUUUUACAAACUUGACAUGUUCAUGAGUCACUUGUGGUCCGUUAAGAAAGGACCUGUGACCCACCAGCUGGGAACCACUGCUUCAAACCAAUCAUAAUCACUGAAAGAGAGGGAGAAUUUGGUGUGAAAUAGGCAGCCAAUAGCAGGCCUAUACGCACAGUCUACAUCCUGUGAGUCAGACUGUGUCUUGCUUUAUGACAUCUGAUUUAUGCACAUAAGGUUUCUCAACUUAAAUUGAAAGCACAAUAUUUUUCUCCAUGACGUCUCCUGGGCUCUGUGAAAUCCUAUAUGUGUUUGGGAGAUAUAAAAUGUUUUCACAGAGACAGUUUAAACUGAAAUCUUGAUGCGCCACUUCAGAGUUUUUAGUGAUAGAUGUUUUACAUUUUAUCCUGUCUACACUGAAUGUUUCUCUUGUAAAUAAGAAGCUCAUGAAAGACAUUUUUAUCAGUGUUCACUUUU